AGUGAAUGAAGGCGCUUGAUCAGAGAGAAUCGAACCCGCAGCAGCUCGGGCUGGCUGUCUGAAUCCCUCCCUCUCAGUGCGCAGCCGCACCGCUCCGACAGACGGCGGCGGGGCGUUUCUGAAUGAGAAGUACGAAGCCGAACAUGGGCAGAAAAACCAGUCCACCAACAAACUGAACGUGAGAAGCAGCUGCUGCUUUUCUGAGGAAACAGGGUUCAGUAGCUGAGAGGUCUUGAAAGUGCCGACAAUCUGAGCUCCUGUUGGCAUGAAGUAUCUGAGAAAAAGCAGCAAACUGUGAUUGGUUUUCACUGUUGCCAUAGCUGGGAGCAGAUCCGCCUGUUCAGCAAGGAAACUAUCGCUCUAUAGACCCAGUAAAUCUUCUGCACUCUGAGCCAUAAAGUCCGCCGCUGAUUCUUCUCACUGCAACCAACCACAGUGGAACCACAAGUACCGCCUGAUCCAAGUUUAAUCGUGUUUGAGGGACUGCUGUUGUUUCAUUCUGGGUUCCAGUCCAGCCCUAAAAGCAUCAUCACCUUCAAUCAGAUUUACACCAACGCUGUCUCUGUGCCAGAUUGAGUAGCAGCGGCUUCAAGCUGUUUUGUAGUUUUGAGCUCCAGCCUGAUCUCCGUUUGGACCGUAGGUGCUAAAAUCCACCUCACAGUGAUUGUUGACCUCUGGUGACCAGCUCGGGAUGGAGCCGCAAAUUUACGCCACAGGAAUGGCCGCCAGGCUGAAGAGCCAGUGGGAUCGUGAUGAAGGUUUGGGCCAGAAUGACAACGCGGUGAAGUUCCUGUGUCAGGAUUACGACUCUCUGAUGGCUCAGUGCCACAGUAGUGGGAAGCUCUUUGAGGAUGAUUUGUUCCCUUGUGCCGCCUCAUCCCUGGGCUUCAAUGAGUUGGGUCCAAGAUCAGCCAAGACCAUCGGUGUGCGCUGGAUGAGGCCCACGGAGUUUUGUAAGAGGCCUGAGUUUAUUGUGGAUGGAGCGACUCGCACAGACAUCUGCCAGGGAGCUCUGGGGGAUUGCUGGCUGCUGGCGGCCAUCGCCUCGCUGACCUUAAAUGACACCCUGCUCCACAGAGUGGUUCCUCAUGGUCAGAGCUUCCAGGAUGGAUAUGUGGGCAUCUUUCACUUCCAGUUCUGGCAGUUUGGCGAGUGGGUGGAGGUGGUGAUUGACGACCGGCUGCCGGUGAAGGAUGGAAAGCUGCUUUUUGUGCACUCGGCAGAGGGAACGGAGUUCUGGAGCGCACUUCUGGAAAAGGCCUACGCCAAGCUGAACGGCUGCUAUGAAACGCUGUCCGGCGGCAGCACGUGCGAGGGCUUUGAGGACUUCACGGGCGGCGUGACGGAGAUGUACGAGCUGAAUAAGGCUCCCGCUGAUAUGUACAGCAUCAUCAGCAGAGCCAUCGAGAGAGGAUCGCUGCUGGGCUGCUCCAUAGACAUCACCAGCAACAGAGACAUGGAGGCAGUGACCUUCAAGAAGCUGGUGAAGGGACACGCCUACUCUGUGACCGGCGUGCACGAGGUGGUGUAUAGAGGAAACCUCACCAAGCUGGUGCGCAUCAGGAACCCGUGGGGUGAAGUGGAAUGGACCGGCGCCUGGAGCGACAACUCCAGAGAGUGGGACAGUGUGGAUGGCUCUGUCAGAAGCCAGCUUCAGAACUGCAGUGAGGAUGGUGAAUUCUGGAUGUCCUUCAGUGACUUUCUGCGAGAGUUCAGCCGCUUGGAGAUCUGCAAUCUGACGGCCGACGCCCUGCAGAACAACCAGCUGAAGAAGUGGAGCUCCUCCCACUACCAGAGCGAGUGGAGGCAGGGCAGCACUGCCGGCGGCUGCAGGAACUUCCCCGCGACCUUUUGGCUCAACCCUCAGUUCAAACUGGUCCUGCAGCACCCGGACACUCCCGGCCAAUCGGGCUGCACCUUCCUGGUCGCCCUCAUGCAGAAGGACCGCAGGAAGAAGCGGAAGGAGGGUAAAGACAUGGAGACCAUCGGCUUUGCCGUCUACGAGAUUCCAAAGGAGUUUGAGGGCAAGUCGGGGGUCCACCUGAAGCGGGAGUUUUUCCUGACACACGCCUCCAGCGCUCGCUCCGAGCUCUUCAUCAACCUGAGGGAGGUAAGCUCACGCCUGUGUCUGCCGGCCGGCGAGUACAUCAUCGUGCCGUCCACCUUCGAGCCCCACAAGGAGGCCGACUUCGUCCUCAGGGUUUUCUCAGAGAAGCCGGCAGACUCUGAGGAGCUGGACGACAAAAUCACAGCGGAUCUUCCUAAAGAGGUGAGACGGGUGAGACGUACUGAACCCACGACCUCUGUGGAACAAACAGGUGCUGAUCAUGUUUGUGUGUUCCAGACAUACCUCGAUGAGAGCCAGAUCGACUCGGGCUUCAAGAGUCUCUUCAGACAGCUGGCCGGGCCGGACAUGGAGAUCAGCGUCAAAGAACUGCAAACCAUACUGAACCGGAUCAUCAGCAAACAUAAAGACAUCAAGACCGACGGCUUCUCCAAGGAGGCGUGUCGCAGCAUGAUCAACCUCAUGGAUAAGGAUGGUAGCGGACAACUUGGACUGACAGAAUUCCAUGUUCUUUGGGAAAAGAUUAAACGAUACCUGACAAUAUUCAGGAAUUUUGACUUGGACAAAUCAGGCACCAUGAGCUCCUACGAGAUGAGGAUGGCUCUUGAAUCUGCAGGAUUCAAGCUGACCAACCACCUGUUCCAGCUGAUCAUCCUCCGCUACACGGAGGCAGACAUGGCGGUUGAUUUUGACAAUUUUGUCACCUGUCUAGUUCGACUGGAAACCAUGUUCAAGACCUUUCAGGACAUGGACACGGAUAAAGACGGUGUCAUCAGUGUCGGCUUCUCUCAGUGGCUCAUGCUGACCAUGUUUGCCUAGCGGCGUGCACACUCUCCGGUCUCUCCUGCACCGCAGCCUGCGGGCUGAGAAGUGCCUUUUCUGGUCGUUUUCUUCCUCUUUUCCGCACUCUUCCUCGCUGCCGAGGCGCUCUGAGACCGAAAAUCUGCUCACAGUGCCUCGGCUGGUACCUGUGCCAACUUUGGGUUGUAUCUCACGUAUUACACUGAUGGUUGGAUGACCCUUUUUGAAGCCUGGCAGCUAAGUUCUGGUAGCACAGAACCACCACAGUCAGUUAUACAGCAGUUUUGGGGGUGGAGCUACUCUGGACUGAUGUCAUUUGUGAAUCUUCAUUGAGAUAAACAUCAGCUUUGUAGGUUUUAUGUGGAUGUCAUUGUGUUUCACAGAAGAUGACGAUGUGUGAAUUUUUAAAGGUUACCACAUAAGUGAGAUAAACACAUGCUAACCAGCUCACAGCGGCAACAAGGCUAACUUACAAGCAGGGGUGCACAUGUAAGUUUCUAUCCAGUACACAGAUAACUGCCAACAGAUUUAAACUGAUGCUGAUAUACACGUGAUACGAUGCAACAGUUCUGUAUCAUCCAUCCAUUUUCUGUACCUGGUUACUCCAGUUAAGGGUCACGGGGCAGUCAUAGGACAUCAGGCGGGGUUCACCCUGGACAGGAUGCCAGUCUGUCACAUAUAGACAAAUAAACACACCUUAACCUGCCUGUCUUUGGAUGUAGAAGGAAAAUGGAGCAACCAGAGGGAACCCACACAAACACAGGGAGAACAGGCACAGACUCCACACAGAAAGGACACAGGCGGGAAUCAAUCCCAUGACCUUCUUGCUGUGAGGCAAUAGUGCUAACUGCUAAGCCACCACGCUGCCCAAUUUGGUAUUAUGUUCAAUAUAAUUUGCUAUUUUUUUAUUUUACAUGAACAUAAAUUAAACUGACAUAACAUAGAAAUUCGACGGUAACAGAAUUACAGUGACGGCAAAAUCUGGCCAUAUUUUAGCCAUUUAAAAUUUUUUUUCCACAUUAUCAGGUUUUAUUUCUAGGCUCAAUAACAGUCAAUAGGGUGAUGCAUGAAAUGCUGCGGAUUGGUUUGAAUACUGCCAGUGUUUGUUCUGGAGUCAGUCAUCAAUCUGAAUGUUAUUUGUAACAGCGCACAUGAUCGGGUGUGAGUACGCAGGUGGUCAUGUGAGCUGCAUCGACUGUUCAGGUCUGUAACUGGACCAACCUCAUCCACGACGCCUUCUCUCACCUCCUCCUCAGUAACAAGGGUCUCACACACACACACACACACCAACUACCAGAUGCAUUUCUUGCUCUUUAGAGCAGCGUUGUUUGGGCACGGGGGAGGCCGCCAUUCGUUCGCUGUGGGAUCAAGACAGAGAAUCAGUCAGCACUGUAUA